GUUUUAGAAGAAUGGCUUGCAAAUCGUCAACAUUGAAAUUUGAAAUCCACAAAUGGUCUAGUUAUUCAUAUAAUUACAAACCUGAGAAUGUUUUUCUCGACAAGCCAGCAGACCAGUCAUCUAGAUGGUCAUCGGAUUCUAAUCAUCCUCCACAGUACCUGAUUCUUAAGCUAGAGCAGCCAUCAAUUGUGAACACUGUCACAUUUGGGAAGUAUGAGAAGACCCAUGUCUGUAAUCUGAAGAAGUUCAAGGUGUUUGGGGGCCUCAGUGAUGAAUUAAUGAUGGAACUCUUAGAAAGUGGGUUGAAAAAUGACCAUAUUCCAGAGACGUUCCCAAUAAAAAAUGAUAUUGAUGGAAACCAUUUCCCAUGCCGCUAUAUAAAGAUUGUGCCUCUGCAGACCUGGGGCCCGAGCUUCAAUUUCAGUAUUUGGCACGUGCAACUGAAUGGCGUUGAUGACUGGGACAUUGUGCAACCCUGUCUUACUUGGUACCAUUCGCAUCGAGAACGGGAGGCAAUCCGCCUGUGUCUGAAGCACUUCCGACAGCGUCAGUACACAGAGGCGUAUGAGGCACUCCAGAAGCGGACCCGUGUGGAGCUUGAACACCCAAUACUCACCGAACUUCACAAACUGUUGGUCCGACAGGGGAACUAUGAUGCCUGUGAGCAGCUUAUCACAAGGGCCUGUGCUGAGGGUUUGUUUGAGGAGUAUAUUGGAGAACAGGACUACAAGCCAACAUGGACACCCAUAGUACCCAUCAGCUCAGAUUUGGAAGAGGUUGUGAACCGGCCAGGGAUGCGUGGUGGACAUCAAAUGGCAAUGGAUGUCCAGUCUGAGAUGCUUUACCUGUAUGGGGGCUGGGAUGGGAACCAAGACCUUGCAGAUCUCUGGUCCUACCAUGUACCUUCUCGUGCAUGGUCCUGCCUCUCUAAGAAUGCUGCAGAGGAGGGAGGCCCCAGUGCCAGAUCUUGCCAUAAGAUGUGCCUUGACUACAGCCGGAAGCAGAUUUUCACCCUGGGACGUUACCUAGAUUCCUCCAUGAGGACAGAGGCAAACCUUAAGAGUGACUUCUACAUGUAUGACAUAGUGAGUGGAAAGUGGACAUUAAUAACGGAGGACACGGCGUCCAUGGGUGGUCCGAAGCUCAUCUUUGACCAUCAGAUGGUCAUUGAUAUUGACCAGCAGACCCUCUAUGUGUUUGGGGGAAGGGUGCUCACAUGCACAACGGAGGGUGAGCGGAGUGGUUCCCCACAGUUCAGUGGUCUGUUCUCCUACCACAUACCUACCAACACAUGGACUAAACUGCUGGACGACUGCACCGAUCUCAGGUCCAGAAUUGCUCACUCCAUGCUGUUCCACCCUAAAAAGCGAGUUUUGUUCAUCUUUGCUGGCCAGAGAGCCAAAGAGUACUUGAAUGAUUUCCUCAUGUAUUACGUGGACGAGCGACGGGUCGAGGUUAUAUUGGAUGGAUCGAAGAAGGAUCCUGCCCCUUCAGGUCGUCCAGACAACCCCAUGACAGGGCAUUCUCACAUACGCAGCUUUCUCAAAGACCCCACAAAACGAUCUAUACCUGCUGCUGGUUUUACACAGCGGGCGACACUAGACCCCGACACUGAAGAAAUACAUGUGCUUUCGGGUUUAAGUAAAGACAAAGAUAAACGAGACAACGUAAAAAAUUCAUUCUGGGUUUAUAAUAUUGCUAAAAAUAAAUGGUCGUGUAUAUACAAGAAUGAGAACACCGGUCAACAGUACUGGGCCAAGAUGCAGCACGUGGAACCAGUGCCACGGUUUGCCCACCAGCUUGUGUACGACCAUGUCCGUAAGGUUCAUUACUUAUUUGGAGGUAACCCUGGUAAAGAAAAUUCACCUAAGAUGAGACUGGAUGACUUCUGGUGUUUGCAGCUAAGUCGGCCAUCACCCAGUAACCUGUUGAGGCGUUGCCAAUAUUUGGUGAGAAAGUACCGGUUCCAGGAGAUGGUGGCCACUGACCAACGGUCAGCAAUGGUCUAUCUACAGAAUGACCUUGCCAGUGCAAUUGACCAGCAGAAUGCUCAACAGAGACAGGAGUUCCAUGAGCUGGCAUCAUCGCUGUUCAGGCUGGAGAAGGAUGAGGAGGAGAUGGUUCAGUCACACGCAAUCUUUUCAUUAGGAGAGCCUUCAUCAGCUGCAGACAUAGGCCAGGAUCAGUAUCGCAAGAGAACAGAACUGUUUGACCAGCUCGUUGAAUAUUUCCCUGAAACCAUGACUCAACCAAAGGGAACACUUGUUGACCUGAUACCAAUGUGUUGAGUUUAGCCUGCUACAGUCUCUUGUUCUCUUGUGGUUGUGUCUGGAUGAGCAGUGAAUUGUGGAUACUGACAAACUUCCCACCGGGGUUACUUCCCUUUACUGUACAGUAACCACUGCUUUGAUUGUGAUCAAAGUCAUGCGAUACUUUGUUUCAAGAUAUGAAAUGUUUAAUAUUAAAAGAUUUAAACAAGACAAUACUGAUACGAGAUAAAAUAAAAUAAAUAUUUUAGAAAUUCAAUUGUCAAAAUGAAGUGUAAUCAUUCGUCCGUGGUGACAAGAUUUUUUCCACUUGUAAAGGGAGGUCACUGCAUAGAAUAUUGACAGACAACCAUUCUAAUGUCAAGUCCACAUUUCCUUGGUGACUAUGUUGUGGUCAAAUGGUAAAUACUGUCAUGCUUGCAGUUAAUUGUGGGUUGUAUAUCUACAUACAUGUAUGUGGAGCUGAACUGAACUAAAUUGGUUUUUAGAUGCGAAUGCUUUUUUGCCUGACCAAAAAGUGGAGAAUUGUUACUAUGUAGCUGUAAGAAAGUAUUUAAAGAAAUAUAAAUGUCUUAUGUCAAUAACGAUGAUGCCAUAUGCCCUUCAUUGAAUAUUCACUGUGAUGGGACUGUACUUUCAAUUAACUGUUUUGAUCAAUCAUUCAAUUUAUCAGAUAAUCUAAGGCCUAAAAAAAAAAAUUGUUUGGUUAGGGUUACAUCCUUAAAAAAAAUAGGUAGGGUAGGUAGGCUUUUUAUUUAUUUAUUUUUUUUUUUUUUUAUUAGGUUUUAUAUAAGAAUAUAAUUUUCAUCAUUGGAGAAUGGUGUUAAAGCUAUCUUCUGUACAAGCAUUUAAGGUUUAAACUUAAUAUUAAAAAGCAAUUAAAAAAAAAAACGAAAUUUUUUUUUUUUUUUUUUUUCAUUUUUUUUUCAAACUGACUAUAAAAACGGUAGGGUCGGCGCCUAUUCCGUAGGUAGGGUCGGGUAACCCGAACCAAAUGUAUUUUUUUUUUAGGCCUAAGCAAGAGUUUGUGUUCACAGAUGAAUCUUGGAUUAUCUUCAGGAAUGUAAGUUGCUGCUUUGUAAUUUAAGUUGCAAAUAUUAUCUGUCUAUGAAAUGAGCUUUAAUUUAUUGCUCAAACUCCAUGCUUAAUAUAAAAUUAAUGAUAUAAUUUUUUUAAUAAUAUUACCUUGAUCGUUACGCUCUAACAAAUAUUUGAGCACAAUCCUACCUUAAUGCUGGUGCAUUGUUAAAGUAGACAUAAUUCCCCACACUUAAUAUAGCACAUGCCCUCAAGCCCUGCAUUUGUAAAAUUCUUUCAGGGCUUGAACAAAAUCUGGAUUUCAUACAGCAGGGCUUAUUGAUUUUUUUCCCUGUAAGCACUUGUUUUAAAUCAGAGUUGUUCAUCUGAAAGUCCAAUUUUGAUGGCAGGAAAUAUAUCCCGCCAAUUUUGUAUUUAUUGACUUUUAAAUGGUUAUGAUAUACAUUGUAAGCAAGCACAUAUUGAUGGCUAUUACCUUUUCAUUUGCUGAGUAAAGUAAUGCAUUGUGUUGUUUUUAUUAAAUAAAUUAUCCAUGAAUA